AUGGCAUCUGUCAGGCGCAAAGUGAGAAAGGAGGUAGUCUCGGCCGUUUCUGCCGCUACCGAGCUCGUUGCUGAGGCCGUCUCCAUCGUCCAAAAGCUCGUCCAGGUCCACAGGACUGUCCGCGGGCUCCCUGCCGUCUUGGACCGCCACCGGAGCCAACUGACGCGUAUCCAGCAUGUCUUAGAGACGAUUCAGGCGGAACCAUACCUCCUUGGCAACCAAGCGGUCAUGGAGCAUGUGGAAGAGGUCCACGCUAUCUGCAAGGAGGUAGAAGAGCAGAUUGAGCUUCGAGAGAGGCAGAUGAGGGUGGGAAUGAAAGGGGGUAAAGCGGGCAGGUAUCUGAGGGUUUUGCUGGAGGGCGGGAGGUUGGAACGGGAGAUGAGCGAGAGGUUAGAGCGAGUUGGGAGCUCCCUGGCCUUGCUGGAUACGGUGAUUGAUGUUGCUCAGGUUGAGAUCCUUAGGAGGGUAGAGGAGAGCGUGGCGAAGACGGGCCUGAAUGCUGGGGACAGGAUCGUGGAUAGCCUGGGUGAGCAGCCUUCUAUCAAUGCUAAUACUACGACUACAUGGACGGCCGAGGGAGGGAGCACGAUAACUGCUGUCGACGAGAUACCGUUACCGCAUUCCACAUCAUCUUCUAUCAGUUCUGAUGCUACAACUACGACAACGUUUGAGGGAGGGGACACGAUAAUUGCUAUCGAUGAGCUACCGUUACCGCAUGCGGCGUCACCUUCAAGUUCAGAUUUGCCUUACUUCGAGAACACCUCGCAAGGGCAUGCGAUUCAAUUCAACGGAGACGUUGGAUCAACGGACUGGGGUUGGCCGGCCAGAUGCGAAUAUACGAGGAUGCAGGCAAAGGAUUACAGCGUCCAGGUGAACGGGCGGACGGAUUUUACAGCCCUUCAGGCGAUACUAGCAAUGCGCGGGUAA